AUGUCUGAAUCUCCGAAGUCCACAUUGAGACGAAGAAAGACGGUAAAUUUGUCUUUGGAUUUAAACCAAAAAUCUCAAAAUACCUGUGAUAAGAAUGAACAAGAGCGUUUACAUCCACGACGUUCAUCUAUUACAUUGGAUAAGGUCAAGAUAAAUGACGAGCCUAUUGUUAUACUUGACGAAAGCUCGAUUAUACAAAAUCUUAAUGAUGCUUCAGAUGACAGAGAACUACUAAAUGCUGUUAACAAAGAUGAACAACUAACACGGCAAUUGGGAAUCUGGGAGUUUGUUUGGAUGGAAUUGACAAGGUAAUCUGAAUUCUGUAAUUUUAUUUAUUUUUAGGGGAUAUUCAUUGGAAACGCAUCAAGAUAGGUACACGGAGAAGCGAAGGAAGGUGUAUGCAUUCUUCAGGAUUCCGUACGAGUUGGAAAAGUUUUUAUUUUUUGGUUUUUUGCAUUGUCUGGAUGCAUUUUGUCACGUUUUUACUUUUCUUCCUAUCCGACUUAUUGUAAGUUAUAUUAUGAGCCAACGAUGAAAAAAUGUCUAAUAAGUUUCUUUAAACUUAAGCUUCUUAAAGUAACGUUUUUGAUUACAUAUUUUUUUAGCUGGCGGUAAUUGGUAAAGUAGCUGGAUCUAGAGUUUGGACAGCGGCCGAAACGUGUGAUUUUUUGAAGAUUUCGAUAAUAAUAGCGGCAUCAUAUAUCAUGCAAUUUGUGGACACUUCUAUGUUAUAUCAUAUUGUUAGAGGUCAAGGUGUGAUCAAGCUUUAUAUUUUUUAUAACAUGUUAGAAGUGGCGGACAAGUUAUUUAGUAGUUUUGGACAAGACAUUCUUGAAGCUUUGUUUUGGACGGCUUCUGAACGUGGAGGAAAGCGAAAAAUGGCGUCAACGUUCUUACAAUGGUGUGCUACAGUAUUGUAUGCUUUGCUACAUGCACUACUUGUGCUUUUACAAGCAACAACAUUGAAUGUAGCUUUUAAUUCACACAAUCAGAGUUUGUUGACUAUUAUGAUGUCGAAUAAUUUUGUUGAGCUGAAAGGAGCCGUGUUUAAAAAGUUUGCUAAACCGAAUUUAUUUCAAAUGUCAUGCAGGUAAGUAUUGUUUGCAAUUUUGUACUUAACUUAUUAGGUAUCUUUUGAUUUUUUUAAUAAUAUUAUAAUGUUUAUUGUGGAAAAUAUACAUAUAUGGGAGUAAAAUUUAUUUUUAGUGACUGUCGAGAACGAUUUCACACUGUGAUACUGUUGAUUGUGGUAGUUUUGCGUAAUAUGACAGCUGUAAAUUGGAAAUUAGAACAUUUGAGUGAAAUGAUCCCAGAUUUGAUAAUGGUCUGUAUUGCUGAAUUGAUUGUGGAUUGGCUAAAACAUGCUUUUAUUACAAAGUUUAACGAAAUCAGCGCUGAAGUUUAUCAAGGCAAGCUUUUUUUAAAUGUAAACCAAGGAGGCAGAGGAAUUGAAUUAUUAUAAAAAAAACAUUUUUUUUUAAAAUCUUUUUACUUUUAAAGAAAACGAAUUUUAUCGUUUUAGACUUUACAAUAACGUUGUCAUUUGAUGUUGUCAGAGCUCACGAAGAAGCUACUUUUACUGACUUUUCUGAUGUCGUAUCAAGAAGAAUGGGAUUUAUACCUGUUCCUAUCGCUAUAAUGUUGAUCAGAGUUAUUUCACAGUCGAUAGACUUCCACACCAAUGUCUACGUAAUGGUUUUCGGUAAUAUUUUAGUUUUAUUUUUUGAAAAGAAUUUAGUUAUUACCAGGGCGGCGGAAAAUUUUUCGAAAAAAUGCACUGGUGUACCUGCAGGUACAGCGUGUUUGCGAAAGCUCCUAGUGGGCAAAAAAUUUUUACAGAUGUCUAUGGGUCGCACCAUAAACUUUUUAAAUAAACACGAAAAUGGACUUUUCAGGAUUUGUCUGGUUGUCGCUCUUGUUCAUCAAAGUUGUAAAUGGUGUAUUUUUGAAUAGUAAAAGUGUUUAUCAUGUCGAACAGUUCAGACGUCUUCAACAUCAAGCUGAAUCUGAACUAUAUCGUCGUCGAGUUUUAAGCGCAAAGAGCAAAAGUGCACCAAGUUCACCUAAAAUUGGCCUUAUUGACUUUUCUGGUAUGGUUUUGCAUUUGUUAUAUAUGUUGUUUUAAUUGUUAUAUUAUGAAGUAAAAGUUAAUUUAUUAUAUCUUUGUGAUUUACAAUGUGAUUUUAGACAUUUUAACCCAAGCCACACGAGUACCUCCAAAAGGUUUUACCGUUUCCGACGUGCUAGCCGAACUAGGACAAUACACUCCAGAACAACCAACAGCAGAUUCUCCAAAGCAUGAAGAUUCACCUCGACGAUGCAUGUCAGUGACAGACCUUCCAACCCAAACAAGUAAACGAGACAAUUCUCUACCUCCAUUGGCCGAAACAGAUGAAAAGGAAUUGAAGAAAGAAGAGGAAAAAGAUAAAGGGCAAAUGUCACCGAAACGAAGAGUCAACGAUUGUGCCGAACUCACCGAUGUACAAGCUUACCAGUUGUUAACCGGGACUGAUGCUCAGGAAAUUCGGUCUUAA